UUGCUAGCGACUGUUAAUACUAUAAUUUACAAAUUUGUUCGGUUCAGUUCGCGCUGGAGAACGUUGCGGAAAAGUUGUCGUUCGUUGUUGACUUUGGUAACAACAACAGCAGCAGCAGCCUUCGAUCUCAGUGACCACCCAGUGAUGCUAGCAUAAGGCGAACAUUUAACGAUGACUGAUUACAAAAAUGGCAGCAACAGCAGCCCGCCCAGCAGCGACAACAACAUGAGCAGCAGCAGCAGCAACAACAACAACAACAACAGUAAUGCUCUAAGACUAAAUGUGGCCAAGGAGCAGCCGCCAAAGUAUGACGAACAGCCACCCAAGCAGGCAACAACAACAACAACAACAACAGCAACAACGCAUCCCAGCAAGAAGAAGAAGAAGAAGCGACGGGACAAGGGCGAUCUGGGCGAUGAUUUUGUGGCGCCCGAUGGCGGCUGGGGCUGGUUGGUGGCCAUCUCCAGCGGCAUCAAUAUUCUGGUCACGUUUGCGUUGGCUCAGCAGUUCGGCGUCAUCUUUCGAGUCCACUUCGAGCGUUUGGGCAUCACCAGUUCCGAGCUGACGACCAUUAUCAACACACAGAUUGCCGUUUCGGCCUUUACAGGCUUGCUGAACGGCCCAUUGUUCCGCCGGUUCACGUACCGUGUCGUGGCGCUGGUCGGGUCGGUGCUGACCUUUGUGGGUCUGUUCUGGAUGGUGUUCGCCAACACCUUCACCAUUUACCUGCUGAGCUUCUCGAUCAUCUACGGCUUUGGCCGCGGCCUGACAGUGUCUGCCUCCUCGCUGGCGGUCAACACGUACUUCAAGCUGAAGCGGCGCACCGCCACGGCAUACCAGUUCGGUGUAGCCGGCCUUGGACCCAUCGUGUGCCCCUACUUUGCCACGUUCCUGCUGCGGGAGUUCGGUGUGGUCAGCACCGUCCUGCUGUUUGCGGGCGCCUCGCUGCACACGAUCGCCUGCUCGCUGAUCUAUCAGCCUGUGAAGUGGCAUGUGGUGAAGCGCAACAAGGAUGCGGAGGCGCUGCAGACGGAGAAGUCGCAGGCGCUGGCCGACGAGGAGGACGAUGACAUUAUCAAGCAUGUGGUGGAGCCCGAGACGCCGGUGCUGCCGCGUGCCAAUGACGGCUGGUUCGGCUCCCGGGCAUCGCUGAACAGCAGCGGCACACGGAAUCGGGUGCAGCCGGGCGAGAAUGGCCACUUGGAGCUGAGGCGUCUCAGCAGCCGUGACUCGGGUGGCGGCCGGCAGCAUCGCAGCAUCUCGGUGAGCCACAGCAUCAAGGAGGAGGCGCACGAUCAGGACGAGCCCGAGUACGAGUACGAAAUCGAGAGUCGGGAGCAAACGCAGCCGCUGAAGGCGACGUCACAGCUGACGGCCAAGGAGCAGCAGCAGCUGGAGGACGAACAGGAGCUGGAGCGCCGCAAGAAGCUGUCCUUCCUGCAGAAGAUUGUCAUAUUCUUCGAUCUGGAUCUGCUGCGCGACAUCACUUAUGUGAACCUGGCCGUGGGCAUUACGUUGAUCAAUUUUGUGGAAAUCAAUUUCGCCAUCCUGACGCCCUUCAUACUGAACAAUCUGGGCUUCAACAGCAAUCAGAUAGCGUUCGCCAUGUCGCUGCUGGGCUUCUUCGAUCUGAUCAUACGCUUCCUCAUCCCACUGAUCACGGCCAAGUUCAGUUGGAGCAAUCGCACGUUCUUUGUGGUCGGCAUCCUGGGCAUGUGCCUGGGCCGGUUUAUGCUCUCGAUGACCACCAACUUCUACGUGAUGAUCUCCAUAUUUCUCUGGCUGGGCCUGAACAAGGCCUUCCGCACCGUCUUCUGGUCCCUGAUCAUACCCAGCUAUGUGCCGCUGAAGCGUCUGCCAGCCGCUGCCGGCCUCCAGCUGCUGAUGUCGGGCACAUUCUCCAUGGUCUUCGGGCCGAUGAUCGGCCUCAUACACAGCACUCCGGUCGUCCUUAACUGUUUCAAUAUGCUUUGCGUUACGGCCAUUAGCCUUUGGUACAUCGAGGACUGGAUUCGUUCCCGACGUCGCAAGUCGCCGCCAGUCACCGAUGCUGACUUCAAGUGACCUACACCGCCAUGCCAAACCCAUGCCAACCCUAUCAUGCAUCGUUCAUCAUCCCACCCCAUCUGUAACUCCUAGUCU